AUGCAGUACGAACGCGUGCAGGCGCUGGUGAAGCAAUUCCAGGAGGACAAAUACGUCCUGAGGGCUUACGGGAAGAUAUACGCCCUGAACAGGUGCAAGGCGUACAGGAGCGUGCGCGUGGAGGACGUGGAGAGGCGGAGGCAAGCGGCGGGGGAAGGCAGCCCCGGCGGCGGGGGGGAAGGCAGCCCCAACGACGGGGGGGAAGAAGAACACCCCGCUAAAGGGAGCGGAGAAAAACCCGCUAAAGGGAGAGGAGAACACCCCGCUAAAGGGAGCGGAGAACACCCCGCUAAAGGGAGCGGAGAACACCCCGCUAAAGGGAGCGGAGAACACCCCGCCCAACUGGACGGCAUCAUCCAAAUCGUAAACAAAACGCUCUACCACUACACAAACGAAACGCUAAGCCAGUUUAGCGAAAACGAUGCACAGCUGGCGCAAGUCUACAGCCAAAUCGACCACUGUAGCACUCUAUGUCAGGAGGUAGACACGGUACUCACCAACCACAAAAAUGAAAUCACCUACAUCUCAAGUGAUAUUAACGAAAUACAAACCAUCACAGAGACUAUGACACAUAAACUACACAAUAGGAAACUCACUCAGGAGUUACUAAACACUUAUAUCAAAAUAAUCAUAGUUACUCCACAGUUAAUAUGUGACAUCUGUAAUGGACCAAUAAAUGAACAGUUUAUUGAAAAUGUAAAAAUAUUAACGAAAAAGAUGGAGAAUUGUGAGCACUGCUUGUUCGACUCCUACCCAAGUAUUCGUUCCUCCUAUGUGGAAUUAGUCAAGUUGAAAAAUAAAGCCAUCGAUCGAAUUCAUCGAUUUUUUCGUAACAGUAUUUAUGAUAUAGAAUGUAAAAGAAGUAAUGUACAUUUCGUGCAACAACAUUUGGCUAAAUUUCACAAGUUGAAUUGGUUCCUUUACAACAACUCCAAGGAUGCAUAUACUUACUUGGUGAAGGAAUACGUUGCGAUUAUGAAUAGAACCUAUUACAACCUAUUCCGGAGUUAUAUGCAAGAAUUGGAGAAAAAGAAAGUAGAGUUUACUGAAGAGUUGACUAUCGGUUGGAGUAGCGGGCACGUUGACUUGGCCAGCGGGGGUAGUGACUUCCGCACUGGCAGGAGCGAGCCUCUGAGUGACCCCUCUAACUGGCACACGAACCGAGCCAACUCCUCUAAUACGUAUGGUGAAGGGACCAACUCACAGAACGACUCCCUCGUACCGGGGAUAAACGCCAACCUGAGUCUUCUCUCUGCGAAGAAUAAAAUGAUGAAUAUAUUGGGCUUUGGCUCCAAGGGGGGCGGCGGUUCCCAAGAGAGGAAGGAGAGUCUUUUCCCGCUCAGCAACAGGACCAGCGUUCUGCUCGACUUGGCCUACUACCCGGGGAAAGGGAGCCACAGAGAAGAGCCUUCCACGGGAGGAGCGCCCACGGGAGAAGCGCCCACGGGAGGAGCGCCCACUGCUGAAGCCCCCACUGCUUCCACCCUCCCCAUUAUCUUCACCACGGACAGCCGCCCACACUUCUUCGAGUCCAUUUACAAAUCCAUCAAUAAGUUAUUCAUAGACACUGGGACGGCGGAGUAUCUGUUCCUCUCUAAUUUUUUUCGGAACCAUGAGAAUCACGAUUUUUUGUUUCUAUACGUGUAUGCAAAGACGCUGUCUCUUCACUUCGACUUCCUCUAUUACUACCUCAGCGAGACCUACGACUUUAUAGCACUCUUUUGCAUCUAUAUCAUUAAUAUGAAUAACGGGUGCCUUACGAAGAGGAGGGGUAUCGCUCCUUUGUAUGAAUUUAUGAACAGGAUUCAGAACCUCGUUUGGAACAGAAUCGACUACAUCGUUAGUGAGAACGUCAAGUCGGUGACCGUCAACCGUGUGGAGAUGAGUCGCCUGGAGAUGAGCCGCCUGGAGAUGAACCGCUUAGAGAUGAGCCGCCUGGAGAUGUCGGAGCAGCGGAGCAGCCACAACCCUAACCCCGUUAAGCACAACCCCGUUACGCACUCCCACCAGAAAAACAGUUUAUACGAUCUUUUCCACCUGAACAGUGCACAGACGGGGAGUGCUUACCUAAGUAGUGCCAGUGUGAAUGCGUCCAUUGGGUAUGCCCUACACGGGGUAGUUAAAAAAUUUUCAGACUUCUACUGCUCCUUAGUUGUGCUCACUAAACUGUCUCUCCAUUUCGAGAAGCAGCACCAUGUGAGAAUGUGCUGCGGGGUGGCCUCCUCCGGUGAGGGGGGAACUCCACAUAAAAAAAAGGCCACCCCUACGACCACCUUGGAUGCCCACCCCGGGGAGGAGCUUCCCAGUAGGGGGGAGGAGCUUCCUAGCAAGGGGGAACCCCUCCCAGCAAACCACGAUAGAGAAAAAAGAACCAAAUCGAAUGACACUGCAAACGGGAGUGACCACUCAGCUGGUGAUGAACUGCAAAAUGUGAAGCCCAAGAUAAAGGAGAAAAGCCAAAAUGAUGAAACGGAUAACCAAGUUGGGUUAACCGAUGGUGAGGGGGAACUCCCCAGGAAGGAAUGCAAAGAAGGUAAACAAGGAGAUGAUGAAGACACGGAACGCAAGCUGAAGGAAUCCCAAAAAAAGGAUCAGCAAAUGAAAGAGGAUCACCCCAUUGAAGAAAAAUAUAACCACCUAAAUGACCUCAUAGGAAGGUUAGAAGAAAAUAUAAUCGACGUUUUAGCUGUUCAUAAAAACCAGUUUACAAACACGAGAGAUCAGCUCCUCUUUCUCAUUAAUAACUAUUGCCACAUGAUAGACGUCAUGAAACGCAACACAAUUGACGAAGAAAAGAUCGACCGAUUCGACGAACUAUUAAAGAAAGAAAUCCAUGCGUACGUAGAAUACCAGCUGAAUCACUAUGCAACUGAUUUGAUUCUGUUUGUCUGUAAGCAUGAACAGAUAGUCGACAAGUUAAAGAAAGAUGGUUACCAUCCCAGUGAUUUCACAUCUGAAGUAGAUGUAAAAUUAAUGGAAUCUGUGGCGAUUCAAUUUACCAAAAAAUGGAAGAACCUUUUUAAAAACAUUAAACAGGAAGUUACCCUCUCCUUUACCCACACGGACACUUCCGCACAAAUACUGAAAAUGCUGAACACACAGAUUCUGUUAUACUUCACCAGAUUCCAUCAGCUCCUCAAGGGGUUCUUCGCCCACGUCCAGCCACCACCCUACGUUGAGAACCUCCCCUCCGUUGAUGUCGUCCUUGUGCAGAUUAAGAAGGACGCCAAGGGGGGAUGA